AUGGCAUCAACUCCAAUCACCAAGUUAGCUCACUUACAAAUCCCACUUGAAGAAGUACUCAAGGCCACCAACAACUUUCAUGAUGAUAACAUUAUCGGAGGCGGUGGAUUUGGACGAAUAUACAAAGGGCAACUCCAGCGGUCUGGAGAGUUGAUCAAGAUUGCUGCGCUGAGGUUAGAUCGUAAGCAAAGGGAAAGAGACCUGGAGUUCUGGACGGAAAUUUCAAUGCUUUCUGAUCUGAAGCAUACAAAUAUUGUCUCUAUUGUUGGAUUUGUUUAUGAAAAAGAUGAGAAGAUCAUCGUAACCAUGUAUGAGGCCAAAAAAGGAAGUCUCCAGGAGCAUCUAAAUAAGCCCAACCUCACAUGGACGCAAAGAUUAAAGAUAUGUGUUGGUGUGGCUCGUGCGUUGAGUUACCUCCAUCAUGACAAGGGACGUAGCUAUGGUGUUAUACAUCUUAAUGUCAACAGCUCCACAAUUUUAUUAGAUGAGAAUUGGGAAGCCAAGUUAUCCGGUUUUAAAGUUUCCAUCAAACAACCACUUAACCGAAUGGACCGGGUGUUCCUUUCUAAGCCUAUUGGCACUAUAGGGUAUAUAGACCCAGAAAUUGUAAAGAACAAAGGUGUGACCCACAAGUCAGAUAUCUACGCAUUCGGUGUGGUUUUGUUUGAAAUGUUGUGCGGGAGGAAAGCAUAUAUUAAGAACCACGCUAAUAGCUUUCUAGAUCGAUUGGCGAAAGCUCAUUAUAAAGAUGAAACGCUCCAUGAUAUAAUUCAUCCUGAUCUAAGGAGUCAAAUGUCCCCGUAUCAAAUGUCAGUGGUAUCAUUUAGAAAAUGCUCAAAAAUAGCAUAUUCUUGCUUAAUGGAAGAUAGGGCAUACCGCCCAGAUAUGCCCAAAAUUGUUGAAGAACUCGAGAAAGCAUUGACGCUAGCACUGAAGUUUCAGCCACGACCAGAAAAUUUUGGAAAGAACUUGGAACACUUGAAGAUUCGGCUUGAUGAUAUAAAGUUGGCCACAAGUAACUUUUCAGAAACAUACAAAUUUAGUAAUAGCAGUCUCUAUACUUGGUACGCAGCAGACGUCAGUCGUUUUGAUAAAGGAAACGCUUCCUCUGCCACACAUAAUUUUUCAGACACAUACAAAGUCAAUUUUGACAGGCGCUAUAGUUGGUAUGCAGCAGAUGCAAACCAUUUUGAUAGAGGAAACCCUUCCUCCACAGAAGGGAAGAGCAAAACUGAACUAUCCAAGAUAGACAACAGUGUAGUUGUAAAACGCUUCCUUCCUAAUAAUGACGAUUACGAAGAAGAUUUCUUUUUUACAGAACUUGUAGUGCUUACUAGUGUUAAGCAUCACAACAUAGUCACUUUAAUAGGAUUUUGUGUUGAAGGUUUUGAGAUGAUACUUGUCACAGAGAAAUUUUCUAAUCGAUACCUUUCCGAUCAUUUGGGAAACGUCAAUGCCAUGUGUAUAUUGACUUGGGAAAAACGUUUGAAAAUUUGCAUUGACAUUGCACGGGCAUUGGUUUACCUUCACUCUGAGAUGGAAGACAAAAAGGGAUAA